AUGUCUAUCUCAAGUUCGUCAAUUCACGGGGAAAGUGCUGAGGGCGCGGACCACAUGGCGCCCAGAGCCCCAGGCUUUCUUCCUCCGCCGGAUGCUCUAGACGAGCUUGAUGCCGCCACCACUGAGCUCUUUGGUCUCCUUGCCGCUCCGGCUGACCCGCCCGGCGACGACCCCACCGCUCCCUCUGCUAUCGUCAAGGACGAGACCGAUAAGGCGCUCAAGCUCGAACGUUUUUCUGGUUCUCCUUCUUCCAUUCGUUUGGUGGAAUGGCGCCGUCGCUUUAAAGGUUUGGCUGCUGUUCGUGCUUGGCCGUGGGAUACGGUCCUCGUCAAGCUCAAAGCUUUCCUCACGGGCCCGGCAACCCGUCUGAUUGACGUCUAUCAGCCCCCCGAUGAUCCUCGCGAUGCAGCCGACGCUAUCCGGCGUGCUUUCGACAAGGCCUACGGCUUUACGGCUUCUCAGACCCUUUAUCCUGCUUGGAACUUCCUCGAGACCAAGGCUCGCGAUGCGGUCGCUGCUACUAUCUUCUGGUCUGCCUUGCCCCGUACUAGCCAAAGCUUGGCUAAUACGGAGGACCUCCGUACCAAACCAAGCAUGUCUACGGCCAGCUCACAGCUGGUAAGCCUCUCGGAAGUCUGA